UUACUUUCAUAUUGUGAUACUUGGAUUACGUUACUGAUAAAAAAAAAUAUAUAUAUAUAAAGUAAUUUCCACUACAAAUACCAUUACAAACCAUCAGCUAACCAUUACCAAUGCCAUUAUUGGUCCUUAAUGGUAUCCACUAGAUAUAACAUGUCACCAGUGCGAGCCAAUAAAUUACCAGCAGAGACCCACAGGGACCAAUACAGUUUUCAUUAAAACCAAUAGUCUACAAUUCACAUUAUAAUCAUUACAAAUUCUAUGAGGGUUUCUAUUGUUUUUGUUGUUGUUGUUGUUGUUGUUUUUAGCAGGGGAUAGAUAGAUAGAUAGAUAGAUAGAUAGAUAGAUAGAUAGAUGAACUAUAUGAAAAAUCAUAGGUAGGCCUAAUUACCGUACCACAGUCUCUUUUUUAUUCUAAAUUCAUGAACCCCAAAUGGUUUGACCUUAAAAGUAUACUGUAUCUUUGUAUAAAUAAUUAAUAUAACCACAAGGUGGCAGUGUCGUCGUUGUUGACAAAGAAGCGGUUCUGUUGGUGGCUUCACCUUGGGGAAUUUUGUAUCCUACAUUAACAGUAGUGCUCAUGUUACAGCUCGAUAAGCUUACACUGAUUCUUCACUCAUGCUCUGACAUAGCCUAUUCCCCACACGCUCAACUGCAUAAGGAAAAGAUAAGAUAAUGGUUAAAAGAUGAGAUCAACUGACUCGUUGCAAUUUUGCCCAGUUAUGCAGAUUACUUGUAGGACGUUAUAGCCUAUUACGAAAAACUACCUUUCCCAUAGUGCACCGGGGCGCAGUGGCUGUUUGACGUUUUUACGCUGCCGCUUUGCCCAUCGUGGAGAAUUGCCCAGCAUCUCCUGACGGGGAGCAGCCUAACGCAGAGCAAAAUGCACUGAAAUAGACCAUUUGUAUUUUCUCUCCGUUGGCAAUGAAAGAGAAGGUCUGGGACAAUGUAGCUGUCGCCGUGAGCCGUGCCGGAAUACGGGCCAUUAUUCUGAGAGAAAUGUGGAAUCUUUUUAGCUGGAGCUGUUAGAUAGCUAAUAAAUAUAUAUAUAGAUAUAGAUAUAUAUAUUUAUAGAAAAUGAAGAAACAAUUCAACCGAAUGCGACAGCUCGCCAACCAGACUGUUGGCAGGGCAGAAAAAACAGAAGUAUUAAGUGAUGAUCUACUACAGGUGGAGAAGCGUCUGGACUUGGUGAAGCAGGUCUCACACAGCACACAUAAGAAGCUCACAGCCUGCCUGCAGGGACAGCAAGGGGCCGAUGUGGACAAGAGAUCAGUCAAAUCACCUACGAAAAAGUUGCCCCUGACCACAUUGGCUCAGUGUAUGAUAGAAGGUGCUGCAGUAUUAGGGGAUGAUUCUCUGCUAGGUAAGAUGCUGAAGCUAUGUGGGGAUACUGAAGAGAAGCUGGCCCAGGAGCUCAUUGUCUUUGAGCUCCAGAUGGAAAGAGAUGUGGUGGACCCUCUCUAUGUCCUGGCCGAGGUGGACAUUCCCAACAUACAGAAACAGCGGAAACAUCUAGCCAAGCUUGUCUUGGACAUGGAUUCGGCACGGACAAGGUGGCAGCAGUCAUGCAAGUCCUCCAGUCACCCCAGCAAUCUAACCCCAGCCGGGGCCAAAGCAGAUGCGCUCCGAGAGGAGAUGGAGGAGACAGCCAAUCGCAUGGAGAUCUGCAGGGACCAGUUGUCAGCAGACAUGUACAAUUUUGUGGCCAAAGAAAUAGACUAUGCAAACACCUUUCAGACGCUUAUAGAGAUUCAAGCAGAGUAUCACAAGAAGUCUUUGGAGAUUUUGCAGAGUGUGCUGCCACAGAUCAAAGCUCACCAAGAGGCUUGGAUAGAAAAGCCAUCCUAUGGCAAGCCUUUGGAGGAGCAUCUGACCCUCAGUGGCAGAGACAUAGCUUUUCCCAUUGAGGCGUGUGUCACCAUGCUGCUGGAGUGUGGCAUGCAGGAGGAGGGUUUGUUCCGUGUGGCCCCUUCAGCAUCCAAGUUGAAGAAGCUGAAAGCAUCUCUAGAUUGCGGGGUUCUGGAUGUGCAGGAAUACUCUGCAGAUCCACAUGCUAUAGCAGGAGCUCUGAAGUCAUAUCUCCGUGAACUCCCUGAACCUCUAAUGACCUCUCAGCUCUAUGAUGACUGGAUUCAGGCUUCAAAUGUUCAAGAUAUGGACAAGAGGCUCCAAGCCCUCCUGGCUGCAUGUGAGAAACUUCCAACAGUCAAUUUAAACAACUUCAGAUACUUGAUUAAAUUCCUAGCCAAGCUCAGUGAGUACCAGGAUGCCAACAAAAUGACACCUGGUAACAUUGCGAUAGUGUUGGGACCCAAUCUGCUGUGGACACAUUCUGAAGCGAACAUGACAGAAAUGAUGACCACAGUGUCUCUGCAAAUCGUUGGUAUCAUUGAGCCUAUCAUCCAGCAUGCCGACUGGUUCUUCCCAGGAGAUAUUGAGUUCAACCUGACAGGCAGCUACGGUAGCCCCAUCCACACCAACCACAACUCCAACUACAGCUCCAUGCCCUCACCAGACAUGGACCAAUCAGAUCGUAAGCAGUCACACGACCAAGGCCGACGCCCCCUCAGCGUUGCCACUGACAACAUGAUGCUGGAGUUCUACAAAAAGGAUGGCAUUAGGAAAAUACAAAGUAUGGGAGUCAGAGUGAUGGACACAUCCUGGGUGAAGGGUAAAGGUGCAUCCACGCUUGCUCGAAAAGCCUCGUCCACCCCUCCCAGCGCCCAGCCACCUGGAUCGCCCGCUGACACACUCAUAACUGAGCAGCCUGGAGAGCUGAAUACAUCCCCCAUUCCCACCCCUCCACCAGUAGACAGGGCUAGAACUCAACACACUGUGAUGGUCAGAGCUGAGUUUGGCUGUUUAAAUGGAAAAAUGGUCCUGGACUUGGUGCAGUGCGCAGACACAAGCUCCAACGAGGUGUCACCCCACCGGCCGGACCCCUCUCAUGCCCAUGCGCCCCACGGGGAGGAACGGCCACCCCCUCCUUACCCUUCCGCAUCCACCACCUCCCACGCCCCUCACCACUUCUAUCCCAAACCCCCUCCCUGUGCACGGCCAGUGGCCCCAGGGCCCGAAUCACAGCCCCCUGACUCCCCACCCUCCCAAUUACGUUGGUCCGGCUAUGGCCCUCCUCAACCCCAGCCACCCGCUUCCUCCUCUUCUUCCUCCUCUUCCUCUUCUUCUCUCGACAUUAACUCCAACCCCAAGCCCAGCUGCCUGCACUUCCCCAAACAUGGCCCAGCAUGUGAGCUGCCAGACGUGAACACCUCCCCUCUCUACGUUAAAACACCCCUCAUUUUGACCCGCAACGAGGUGGCCCUCGGAAACCCCCCUAGCCUUCCCACAUCCGGCCCCCCUCCGUGGGCUGCCUGUCCAUGUGCCCGUGAACGAGGACCCCCCAGGCUGCCUAGCACACUGAAGAGCAAGGAGCUCUCACCUGUGAUUGGCCAUAAGGCCGUGCAGGCGGCAGGACAGCCAGUGCCACCUGUCGGACAGCAAAGCAACAGCCAGUCGCCACACUCAGCUGAGCACAGCCCUCACACCCUGCGCAAAGCCUCGAAGAAGCUGGCCCCUGUGCCACCCAAGGUUCCUUACGGCCAGUCAGGGGCGAUGUCCGACCAGUCCACAGGUCAGCCGUCCCCGGUCAGCCUGUCCCCCACUCCCCCAAGCACCCCGUCCCCGUAUGGCCUGGGCUGUGCCCCAGGGCAUGUGCCCCCCACCUCUCCUGGGCAGGGCCCACUAGGCACGUCCCACUCUCUCCUUUCCUCUCCCCCAUCUCUGACUGGCACGCUCAACAAGUCGCGGCCUGCCCCCAAACCGCGACAGAGACCAAGUCUGCCCCCUCCACAGCCACCCACUAUCCCCCCCAGUGUCCCCCAGCCAAUGGAACAGGGCCUGAUGGACGGAUUGUCCCCCGGGGAGAGCAUGUCCACAGCAGAUUUCUUCAGUUUGGAAAUCCCCUCCAUCAAUGUCAAUCUGGACAGCCUGCUCGACGAGUUCAGGGUGGGGGUGCCGUGCCGGAGCUCCCUGGCCGUGGCUGACUCUCCGGAGGGGGAACGCAUGAUUGAGGAGGAGUCACAGAGCACCACGCUGUAACCCCAGAGCCCAGCCAGUGGCCGCCUAGCCCUGCCGAGCUCCCCCACCUUCAGCUGAGGUCCUAUGAGCAACCAGGCCU